AUGACGUCCAAUUCGCAACAGGCAAAAUCGAGAUGGGGUGUCGGGGCUUUACUUCAACAGGCUGUCUCUGGGGUAGAAUCUCGACUCGACACCAUCCUGGCCAACGAUGAUGAAACACCAAAGUCGUCUGCACCAAAAGCUGAUGAUGCAGCUUCAAAAUCUAGUUUAACUGCCACGAAAGCGGCCACCGGAGUUACUCGGACCUCCUCUACAGCUCGGAAAAAUGAUCGAUUGCAAGAACGUUUGGCAAGGGCUGUGGCUAAAUCGCAGACCCCGACGAUGUCCAGCAGCCCGCGAUCGUCCGUUGAAGUGCUAUCUCGUUCGUCGACUCCGUUGCAAAAUACCGAAAUGCGCACCAGUAUGGACAAUACAAGAACUAGCUUGGAUCAAAGCGUGUCGGCAAGUCGCAACAAUGAAGCCGUCACUGUCACUGUGACCAGAGAUAGUCUUGACUCGGGUAGUCAGCCGCGAAGUUCCAAGGAGUUGUCAGUCGUCGAACAUAUAUCAGAUAGCAGCAAUCAGGAAGUCGGGAAUGGAGUUCAAGAAAUUAUCGAGUCUCAAAUUACAGAUGAGUCAGUCAAUCACGGCACUUUCGAUACCUCAGACAUCCUUUUACAACCUGAGCAUUUGGACUCACCUCUGGAUGGCCCGUUAGAGGAGCUCAGAGCCGAACAUAAAGCUACGGAGUCUAGAUGGCAAGAGGAAAUGCAUGAAUACAUUGAACGGAUUGAUGCCUUGCAGUCUAAAUUGAAGUAUCUGGCUAAAGAAGCUGCCGAUUCGGCUCGAGACGCCGCUUCGGCUGCAAAGCCAGGUAGUAUUGAAAAACAACUAGCAGAAAAGGAUGAGCGCAUAGCGCUACUACUUGAAGAGGGACAGAAACUGUCAAAGACAGAGUUGGACAACCGAACUGUCAUCAAGAAACUACGACAGCAGUUGGCGGAAAGCAAUAAACAAGAAAUCGAACUGAAGCGACGCACGGCUAAACUGGAACGUGAUGCUAGUGAAGCAGAAGCACGAGCGAAACGAGCAGAGGCAUCAGAGAAGAAAGCACAGGAGAAUCUGGAUUCACAAUCGAGAGCCUCCAAGGACCUCGACUCUAUCACCUCUGAACGAGAUGCAUUGAAAUCGACGGUGGAGGAAUUGAAAAGUCAGUUAGCAAGAGCAGUUUCUCGUGCUGAAGCAGCAGAAUCAAAAGCUCAAGCGGAAGUCGUGGAACAUUCGAAACGUCGAAUCACCGAAUUAGAAGACGAUCUGUCUAGUGCAAAGAUAGAAAGAGAACUCAGCGAGGAAAAAUUGAGAAGAGAAAUCCGAAGUUUGCAGGAUAAUCUAGAGCGAGAGAAGGAGAAUGCUCGCCUACUGGAAGCUGAACUCAAGAGCGAGCAGUCAGUACUGGAAAGCAAAAUGGAGAGUCUUCGCUCGAGGGCCGAGGAAGUUUCCUCGAGUACGGCUGGAGAGACGCAGGCUAAAUUACUUCGUCAAAUCGAGACGCUGCAGACCCAGUAUGCUGUUGCCAGUGAAAAUUGGCAAGGGAUUGAGAGUUCUUUACUAUCAAGGUUGAAUGGUAUGGAAAAAGAGCGUGAUGAAAUUGCCCGUAAAGAAGCAGAUUUAAGGCGGAAGGCUCGGGAGGUGAAUAUCAAAGCCAAAAAAGCAGAAGACGAACUCGAUACUGCAAAGGAGACGAUUGAAAACUUGGACCACUCCCUGCUGGAAACCAAACAGCAAUUGCAGAAACUCCAGCAGCGAGUGGAGAAGUCAGAAGAAGAGCUCAACGCCGUUCGAAAGGAAUUAGCAGACAAGGAGAAGUCGACCGAAGCUUUCUGGACUCAGAAGCUUGAAGAAGAACGGGCAAGAUGGAGAGAUCAAGUUUCUUCACCGCCACCUUUCCUACAAGAGCCCCGAACAGUGUCACCUGUGGCUUCAAGCCGUAGAUCGACGGGCCUCGACCCUCUUACCAUUGACAGUCGUCCAUUGAGCCGCCGUUCAUCCACUCUCCCAUCUCAAGUAGACAUGGGAGCUCCUUCACGAACGAAUUCCUUCCCAUCAUUCCAGGGCAUGGGCUCGCCACACGCAUCGCAAGGUCUUCUUAAUCCCAACUUGUUGGGCGCACCGCCUAUCCACAACUUGGAGCCAGAUGAAUUUUAUAGUGGAACUCCCGCCACACCAUCGGCAUUUGGAGCGCAGACAAGCCAUUCUCGCGGUAACGGCAUCAAUGAAAUCAUCUCAGUAUCCACAGUUGGAGCUGGUCCAUCUGUGCAACUUGUUGAGCGUAUGAGCGCAACUGUCCGACGGCUUGAAAGUGAACGGGCAGCGACAAAGGAUGAACUCGAACGCAUCACAGCACAGCGAGACGAAGCCAGAAAGGAGGUCGUCGAACUUAUGCGAGAAUCUGAAGAGAAGCGUAAAGCAGAGAGCCGCAUCGAAGAACUGGAAUCGCAGGUGGCAGAACUAGACCAGCGUUACCAAACCACACUAGAGCUUCUUGGAGAGAAGAGCGAGCAAGUUGACGAGCUGCAAGCCGAUAUUGCGGAUCUCAAGAAGAUAUAUCGAGAGCUGGUUGAUAGUACCAUGAAGUGAGGCAAAGCCUCGAGCCUCUUGGUGUCAUCGAUGAUCAUUCGCGUAUAAUG